AUGGGGUACGACCUAGUACGGGUGCGAAAGACAUAUAAAACGCUGAAAGCACUUGUCGACGAUUCGGAGAUGUUGCAAUACAUCAUCGGCCUCAGUUACUUCCAAAUGAUUCGAGUGGGGACAUCCGAAACGGGCGUACCACCAGCUACACGUCUCCGACAACUUAGACAGCAUGACGCUUUCAGCUUGUUAGUGGGGGGAACCGCAUCCACUUCACGACUGCCAUCCGCGUCUGAUUCUGGUGAUCUAUAUUGCUGGAGUCACCCUAUCAGUGGAGGGACGUUCGAGUACUUCACGUUCUGUGCUGCGCAAGAUCUACUUGUUGUAGUUACGUCCUCACAAGACGUGGUUGUGAUAAACCGGGGUCUGUUCAGGGAUUACUUACAAAUGUGGGACUGGAAAUCCAAGGAGGGCUACCAGUCAAAGCCCCCACAAUGCACCGCGAAACUCUCCUUACCUUCUCUCGUGGAUGACUUUUCAUACCAAGAAGUGUCUACGAGAGAAAAUCCAACUCCUGGCUCUGCGUUUCCCUAUCCUCGAAAGUCUCAUCACCAACCUUCAUGCUCAUUUCAUCCGACUACGAACGAUCAGCUUAUAACCAUCGAUGUCUACGUUAAUCGGGACAUGAAGCCAAAUAACUCGCACCUCUAUCGCUUCCUUGCCCUGUGUAGUGCCAUUCUGGAACUUGAAAGCUCGUUUUCCGAGACUUAUGGCCAACCCACCUUAAAUGGUCCCAAAUUGCUUUGGUCUAUUUGGGGGCCACAGCAUACGACAUGGUUUAAGAUUCGAGAGGACGAGGGCGACCUUUCACCCUAUGGUUUCCGCACAGUCCAGUCCAUGAACAAAAACCCUUCUGCCUUGUUAAACGAAUCUAGCCGGCUAUUUGAUACGACGAUCUCGCACCUGUUUACGGAACCGCUGGGGUCCGCACUGGCGUAUAGUGAGAUCGUUAGUGAGGAGCUGUUUGAUGGGGCGGAGGCUUUGAUCGAUGAAAAAAGGAUUCUGGUGCUGAAAAGAGACCUCUAUGAAGACCUGAAAAACAUCGAUGUAUUGCUAGGCGCUCCCAUUGCGGAUCGCGAGAUGCACCAGCUAGUCAUUUCAUCAUUUCACCUCUAG